CAGUGUGUCAAUCUGUCUUCUUGUCUGCAUCCUACACUGAAAGGGAGUGCUGUAUUUUGGGCUUCUGAGCCACAAAGUCAACUUCAAACACCGCCAUGGUAGAGCAGUUUGUUGGAACCUGGAAGCUGGCUGCCAGCGACAACUUUGAUGAAUACAUGAAGGCUCUUGGUGUGGGCUUUGCCACCCGCCAGGUGGGCAAUAUGGCUAAACCCAACCUAGUGAUCAGUGUGGAUGAAGCGGGCUUCAUUACAAUGAGGUCAGAGAGCACUUUCAAAACUAAAGAAAUAAAGUUCAAACUCAACGAGGAAUUUGAUGAGACCACGGCAGAUGACCGACAAACCAAGACCAUUAUUACGUUGGAGAAUGGCAAACUGGUGCAGAAGCAGGCAUGGGAUGGAAAAUCUACAACGCUGGAACGAGAGAUCCAGGAUGGCAAACUAACAGCUAAAUGCAUCAUGGGUGAUGUUGUUGCAAUGAGGACCUAUGAGAAGGAGGCUUAAAUCUAGUGAACUGUAAUGUUGAACUAUUAAAACAAUUGCAAUAAAAUCUGAGGAACUGUG